AUGGCCACAUACACAAUGCCGUCAAUUCUCGUUAUUAGAGAGUCGAAUCAAAUCCUCCCAGAGAAAAUGUGGACAAAGAACCAAUCGAGCGGUCCGCCCACGAUCAAUCCAGCCAAAGAAGUCACAGACAUCCGCAAGCGCAUCGAAAAUGUUCGAGGAAGCAAUAAGCUUGUUCGAAACCUUAAAGCUGUGGUCCAGAAUCACGUCGAGCCCAUCGACAACGCACUCUUGCUCGGCCUAGGCUGUUAUUGGUUCCAAGACGAUGAGCACGAGGGUCACCGCCCUUUCUUAGGUCAGCUGGUCAUUUUCCUUGAUCUUAUCAAGUUCGUAUCUAAUAUCCAAGCCCAGGUCGAACCACGAAAGAGCAUCACCAUGUUCACCGCGGACCCUUCCUUUGAAGACCUGGACGUGACAAUCCUGAAUCAUUACAACGUGAAGGUAGUGCCUCAUGCCGCCACCUACCAAGGACACGUCGGAUCCUCCACGUUCGUCUUCUCGGCCUACGCUUACCAUGAUAUUGAAGCAGGCGUUGUCCGUCAACGUCCCGGCCUGUACCUGGGUACUGAUUGUAAGAAACGAUUCGAAUUCUACGAUCAGCAAAUUAAUUGCUCGGGAGCAGCGGAUAGAGAAGUUUGGCUUCAGGUUGUGCAAGGGAGAGACUCCUUCGAGAAAUUCGCCGAACAACACUCGGAGAUGAAAUUCCCCGACGCGUCAGGGACACCCAGAGACAGUAAAGCCUAUCGAGCUCGAAUUUCAAGAGCAUCAGAGGGCAUGGAAGGCCACUCGAUUCUCAUGGGAUCUUCAAAAAUUGCUUCGAGCUCGGUCCGGAGCCAUCGACACCGCGGUUCUACUCGGACUGGCAGCAUGAAGAGUCCUCGAGGUCCUGGAUGGUACGCAAAGCGCAUGUACCAGCUUUUAGUAUUCCUCGAUGUUGCGGACUACCUGUCAGGAGCGCAGUCUGGACAGAAAAUCAAGAUGAUCGCUUCGGACCCUGCUUUCGAUGAUAUCGACAAGAAGUUCUUGGGAGGUCUCAACAUCGAGAUUAUCGAUAUGUCCUCCGCUGACUCAACUUACGAAAACCAAUGGAACGUUGGUCCAUCUACGUUUGUAUUUGCGGCACACAUUCCAUUUGAAGUUGAUCUUGAUAUCGUCUCGCGUAACCCCGGCUUGUAUCUUGGUCCCGAUUGGAAAGGGCGGCCUAACUUCUUUUAUCAUCCUGACCAUGCGAUUGAAAGAAAGACUUAUGAAGUUCUCCUUCACGGCUGUAUCGAGAAAGUCUUCCCGUCCGCGAUCAAUAAUAUUGACAGGACGAAGGCAAUUCCGGAAGGCUGGGAGGAGCUGGAGCGCCUGACGCUGGGAGCCGUAGAGUCAAUGUGCUUCUACUGGCCGAAAAAGUAUUCGACGGAAGAGCAGGCUGAGCUUCCAAUGCCAGGUGAGCACUAUGCCAUGCACUUCAUCAGAUGUCAGAAUGCUUGGAAUUCCUCUAGAUUUCGAAGCGAGUUAAGAACACUGCUCUGCAAAGAAUUCGAAUAUGGUCAGUUCAUUGAUACGGCAGUUCUACUCGGCAUGGGCAGCAUAUCGGACCAGCACCGCCCCGGGCAGUACAACAAGAAUACCACACUGAACCAGCUCGUGAUAUUCCUUGACAUUGUCGAAUAUCUCUCGGACGCACACGGCGGUCGGAAGCUCAAGAUUCUCGCUUCGGAUCCGAAUUUCCACGAGAUUGACAAAAAGAUGUUGCAAGAUCUCGGGAUUCAAAUCAUACACGAGAAUGACUGUGAACUGGAAUCUGGUCCAUCUUCUUUUGUCUUCGCGGCGAAGCUGCCGCGUUGGCAUGACGUUAAAGUCAUCUCACAGGAGCCCGGGCUUUAUCUCGGCCCCAGCCAAGUGACCCGAAAACGCAAUAUCGGCCCUGAGAGUGUCUCUGUGGAGAGACCUUGGGGUACAGAAAUGGUGAGUUGCAGCCAGGUCUAUGAAGACUUCUUCCAACAGCGUAUUGAGAGUUUCUUCCCGUCUGUGGAGAGAUACGGCGAGGUAGUGAACACUCCAGAGGGCUGGCAAAGUUUGAAAAAGCUAACCGGAGGAGCCGUGACAUGGAUGGCCUUUUACUGGCUGAAAAUAGAAGCUUUCGAUAGAAGGCUAGAGUUCUUGAAUUUAAUGUCACCGUGA